CCGGUUCUACUCUCUCCAGAAGACAGCUGCCAAACCCUCCCUCUGUGUGUGUAUAUGUGUGUGUUUGUGUGUGGGUGUGUAUGUGUGUGUGUGUUUGUGUAUGUGUGUGGACUGACACAGAGCAAGCAGUCCUGCUGUUAACUGCACUGUCUCAUUUAUCAAGAGCUCCCAUUCCUGGGCCAGAGUGAGGCGUUCUGCAUCAGUUUUGGAUGUGUGUUUUCUGAGAUAAGGGUUGACUAAAGACAAACUUAAGAAAAAGAGCAAGUCAAAACCAUGACUACCGAGAAGGAAAGACAAUCUGUUUUGCGCACAACAAAGGUUCGUGCUGCACUGAAAGGAGACAACAGCUGGAUCCAACUCCGCAAUCAGUCAGAACCCGAGGAAGAUGAGGAAAAGCCAUGGCUUGCAGAGGUACGUGCACGUCGGAUCAACAACGACAUCAGUGAGCCCGACGAUGAUAAAACGUCUUCUGAACAGCAACCUGCUCCUUCAAACAGCACAGACAGAUCUAAAACAUCUGGAUACCUGAUCAGGGGUGUUUUUACAAAGACUGACACCAAACCAGCUGCAUCGUCCUCCAAUGGCUACAUUGGAACAUCUGGCUUUACCAAAAAGCCCUCUGAAGAAUACAAGAAAAUAGCUCCUCACACUGUUCGCACUGCCGUGGAGAGAACUCAGCCAUCGGAGCCAUCAGUCAGUGCAGAAGAACAGGAAAGGAGGACAGAGGCAGCCAGCAAAACACUAAACAAUUCAGCAAGAAAACAAAGGUCAUAUGUGAUGUCAGCUGCAAAGAAGUAUGAGUCCACUCCAGAGAACAUAGACAACUCCCCACCAGCCAUAGCAUUUAUUGCUAAAAGGGUAGUUAUCAGUGAUGAUGAUGACACUGGGUCUGUUCAACUGCACACUUUGACACUGAGUGAGGAGAUGAGCGUCGAUGAGCCAAUACCUCCAGAAUCCUCACCUGCAGCGUCUGAAUCAAAACCAAGACCCAAACCAGAGCUCGUACCCAAACAAAGUGAUACCCUCAUUGCUCUCUCAGACACGUUGAUGUCCACACCAGAAUCCAUCAGCAAGAAGCCAGUUACUCAAAUCACUCCUCCUGUUCCAGAGACAAAAGUCUCGAAACCUGAGCCCAAUCCUAAAACAAGUGUCAGUCUUCCCAAUACUCAGGCCUCAACAAUUGCUCCAGUUGCUGCUUUAAAGGAACCUGCAGCACCUGAACCCAAACCAGCUUCCCCUCCUAAACCAAGUGUCAGUCUUACCAAUACUCAGGCCUCAACAAUUGCUCCGGUUGCUGCUUUAAAGGAACCUGCAGCACCUGAACCCAAACCAGCUUCCCCUCCUAAACCAAGUGUCAGUCUUACCAAUACUCAGGCCUCAACAAUUGCUCCGGUUCCUGCUUUAAAGAAACCUGCAACAACCGAACCCAAGCCAGCUUCCCCUCCUAAACCAAGUGCCACUGAACCAGUUGCUCCAGCCGUUCCAGCUGUGAAGCAGGUCCCAUCCACAACACCAGAACCCAAACCCAAGCUAGAGGCCACUCCUAAAGCCAGUAUCCCAAAGCCGGUUGAGACGACCAGCACCUUGAAUGAUAAUGAUCUUCUGGAUCUCUCUGAGAGUACGCCACCGAAAUUGGUGAAUCCCAUCCCUACCACCACUGACCAGCUGGCAGGAGGCUCUCUACUCAAGACAGAGAAGACUAAAGAAUCUCUGGAUCUGCUUGCUGUUGAUAUUAUUCCUAUUGAUACCAAUACUGACAAAUUAAGCACGAAUAAAACAAAUACCAAAACUGACAUAACACAAACUGUGGUGCAGACCAAGAAGGAUGUAAAGGAUGUGAAGAGCACACAAGAGAAUUUGGUAAACCCCGUCCCCACCAGCACUGACCUGCUGAUAGGAGGCACAAAACAGAAUUUGGUAAACCCCGUCCCCACCACCACUGACCUGCUGAUAGGAGGUUCUUUGCCCCAAACAAAGAAGACUAGUGAAUCUCUGGACCUGCUGGCUUAUGAUGUCAUCCCUAUUGACACCAACAAGGACAAACUCAGCACAGACAAAACACAGAGCAAAGUGGAGACAACGACAACUAUCAUACAGACCAAGACGGUCCAGGAAGGCUCUGUCGAUCCAUUCGAUCCGUUUCCGAUUGUGAAAGAGUCCACAAAGAGCUCUGUAGAGCUCUUUGAUCCUCUUCUGUCCAACAGCAACAACAGCCAACAGCAGCAGACAGUUACAGUCACAUUCGAGCAGAAGUCCUCGAAAACUAGCUCGCCAUGGGACAAAUGGGCGGUUCCCACUAUAGACAACGCAACAGAGGACAGUGAACCUGAGUCAGAGCCAGAGCCAGAGGAUAAUAUUAACACUGUCUACACCAGAACAGAAGAAAGCAGCAUCCCAGCGCUGGAUACUGAAUCUAAAAAGAAUGUUGUCUACGUCAAAUCGUACGUGAACUCAUCCGAUCUGCCCAGAUUCAGCACACGCAGAUAUGACAAUGAAUAUGAUUAUGUGACCUCAAGCUCCAGCAGUUAUGCAUACAGCAGCCCCUCCAGUGACUAUGAUUAUGUGACCUCAAGCUCCAGCAGUUAUGCAUACAGCAGCCCCUCCAGCGCUGAGACUAUGAGUGCCUGCACCUACUGUGGUGGUCUUGUAGGAAACAAUUCCAAGAUCACUAUUGACCACCUCAACAUCUCAUGCCACCCUGAAUGCUUCAAGUGUGGAAUCUGCAGUAAGCCAAUGGGCGAUUUCAUCCACAGUAUGUUUUGGCAUUGUGGGAUGGUCCACUGCGAGAGCUGUUAUGCAAAUGUUAUUUAAGGCGAUUGCUUCGUUACUCUGGUAAACACUGUGGUAGCCAGUGUGCCUCGAGAUGGUUUAAUUCCUGAGAUUAUCCCCUUGUCCUUUCUGACUCCAUUAGAAUGUAUGUAAUGAUGUUUAAAUUCGUUUACAUUCCCAAAACACUUAUCCUUUUCUUAUAUCUGCUUUUGUUUUACUGUAAAAAGUGCCUUUAGCAUCCGCAUCAUGUGUGUUUGGUUGAGUGGGUUUUUCACCGUUUCUACAAAUUAGUACCCUCAUUUCCUCUUUAAAUCAUGUAACAUUACCAAGAAGUUUUUUUUUCCCUUGUGUUCUUCAGAGGAUGAAUAUACUUUUUAAAACUGUGAAUAAAUGUGGGGUUGUAAAAUGCCUGCUGUUUGUUCA